UUUUUGUCCUGUAACGAUUUUCUGUUAAGAGAGAAUGGAAGUGUUGCGUCUUCGGGCGUUCAUCAGUACAAUAUUAUCAAUUUGACUCCCAUGGAACAGUACUAGGUCCUAGUAAAUGAGCUACUCUAAAAGUGCUAGUGAUAGAAUACAUUUAUCUAAAUCGAUAGGCCACACUUAGAGUCUCUAGUGCUGGAUGUUGCUGGGAUGGUGGGUGCCGAGUAUAGUUCACUAAUAUCGUUAUCCGACGGAGUUCUUGUGACUGUGUGUAAGCCUCUAUGCUUUUGAUAAAUUGGUAGAUUUUGUCAAAAUUUCCAUAUUUAUUGGUAUCUAUGAAGUUUGUUUCACACAAACAAUAAAAUAUAAAUGAUGUAGCAAACAUGGGAGUGUUAAAAAUUAUGAGGGAUACAGGCUGCCUAAAAUAAUGGCUAUUCUUGUCAUAAAGUAUGACAAUUUGGAAUAUUUCAUUUAUAAGUUUAGGUGUGCCAUUGAUGAAGCCGGUAAAUGUGAUGGUAAUAUACUUAAAAUAGUGUAGCAUACGCCCAGUUUUCUAAUCGUAUAAGGAACAGAUCUUCAAGCUGAAGCGGUAUAGCCGAUGGGUUACAAAUGGUUGCGAAUGACCGUUUGUGCGUUUCAAACGCCGCGACGAAUUCUUUUCGUUAUUCAGUUUCGUUCGUGAAACAGUACGUAACAGAUGUGUGUGUAUUGUCAAAAGUACUCUUCUGCUUUGUAAACCAUCUGGACCCUAUUUUAUGGCUAUCGUAAUGAGCUAGAAGUGAAAAUGGAGGAUUUGGUGGUGGCAAUGGCAGCCGCAAUGUUUCCCCACUCACCUGUUACGUCUGAGAGUGGUGAAGAUGCUUCUAAUGGCCAUGCAGAACGUCCAAUACGGAAAAUUUUUGUUGGCAACAUUAGUCCAGGUACGACUCGGGCUGAGUUAAAGGAAUGUUUUGACACAUAUGGUGUUGUCCUGGAUGCAGUUGUUAUAGUGGAUAAGAAUGCCUGCAAAAGAAAAUAUUAUGGAUUUGUUACAUUUCUGGUCCCAGCACAGGCUUGUUCAGCCAUGAUGAAGAGUAAAACCUUGCAUGGUAUCACACUGAAUGGCAAGAGACUGUAUGUGGCACCCGCUGACAGCUGGCACCAACCAUAUCAAGCAGCGGAUGGUACAUUAGUCCUUGAUCCAUGGCGGGGAUCACAAAGUGCUAGUGCUGGUGGUACCAAGAAAGUAGCUCCCAUACUGCAGCAAGAUACAGAUGUAGAAGAGUCUCUGUGUAUGGUCAAUAUCCUCAACGAUGACUGUCUUAUGCAUGUUUUUUCCUAUCUGUCAUGCUAUGAAAGGAUUGCAAUUGAACGAGUGUGCAAAAGGUGGCAGUCCAUCAGCCAAAUGAUGUGGAAAUCAACUCGUGAACUCUGUGCAAAGAAAUUGCGGAAUAUACAUAAGAGUUUGCCAGCCAUUAUACAGCGCUGUGGUAGCAGUCUAAAGAAACUAGACCUGUCACAUGAUACACAGACAAUAAGCAGAGAGACAGUUGUUUGUGUUGGGCGUUAUUGUAGGGAGCUGGAAGAACUGCGCAUAACACAUUCUCGGCUUAAUGGUUCUACAUUGCGGCCUCUCAAUGGACCACAACUACGUGUCCUGGAUUUAACAGGCUGCUGUGGAAUAUCAGAUCGGGAUUUAUCUCACUUAUUAGUAAAGUGCCCUGUGUUGGAGAGACUGUCAGUUGCAGGAUGGUUCCGUCUCAGUGGCUGGGGUCUGGGACGUGUCAGCAACUCACUCCGCCACCUCACAUUAGAUGGGUGCACAGGGCUUGAUGGCAAACAGGUUGCACGUGCGGUUAAAACUGUAACAAAGCUGGAUUUGAGUGCAAAUUGCAGCUUGGGUGAUAUAGAUGUUAAACACAUACUGGAUAGUGCCAAAAAUUUGGAAGAGCUUACAAUGGCACAAUUAUUUCCUCUUCUUAAUGGGAGGGCAUUCUCUGCCAUUGCUGCCAAGGGCGAGCAGCUUACACUUCUAGAUCUAAAAUUUAAUGCAUCUUUAACUGAUGAGCUGUUAAUUUCUAUUGUAAAUAGUUGUAUCAAUAUGAAAGAAUUGAAUGUAGAAGGUUGCUGUGCAUUGAACAACAUUGCUUUGAUUAUGGAAUGCCUUUCGGCACUGAAGAAUCUGGAGAUCUUGAUCUUGAGCUAUCUGCCAGGGAAAUCGGAUUCAUGUAUGCUGCAGUUUAGAGAGGAAGGUUUUCCAGCACUCAAGAAGUUGGAGAUGCGUGGCAGCCCUUACCUUGGAGACAUUGGCACCGCUUGUAUACUGUCUCUUUGUUGCAAACUUGAGUGUCUUGAUAUAAGUGGCUGUCAGUGUGUCACCACUAAAGGCCUUAGUUGUGCACUGGCACAACGUAAAAGUUCAGUUCCGCUUCAGAUUAUUGUAGGAGGAACUUCUGUAUCAGAAGGCUCACUCCAGCCUCCAGGCUCCGUGGCCUUGAGUUUCCACAACAACUGCACAGACCACCUUAGGCCUGAUUUUGUAGACGAUUAUCUUCUCCCUAUGUUUGAAGACUACAGUGAUGAUGAUUUCAUCGACUCUGACAACGAGUAUGACUUUGGUAGUGGUAUUGAUGAAUAUGAUAGUGACAUGUCUGAUUCAUAUGAUGCAUUUGAAGAUAAUAAUUUAUAUCCAGAACUGUUUGGUGAUACAUUUCUUCUCUAUCAUUAUUUAUACUGAAACACUGAGGGCAAAGUGUUUAGAAAGGUGCUUCUUGCCAUUCAGAUAAGAAAAGUUUUCUGUUGUAUGAUGUAAAUUAAAAAAAAAACACAUUUUUGAGGUUGUCAGCAGUUGCCCAUUGCUUAGUAUUUCAUAUGGUCACAUUUUUAUAUUUGAAAAUUGACAUGGCAGUUAUAAAACUAUCUUCCAUUCUGAUGAAAGUGUUUUGUUGUGGUCUGUGUUUUGUUUUUGGUAGCUUUCUUUUGAAACUAAAUAAAUUUUGUGCAGAUAUUUA